GACAGCGCCUGCGCAAUCGUGGCCGAGGAGGCUGUGGCGGCAGCGGCAAUGGAACCCGCGGAGCAGCUGAGCGAGUUAGUGUCAGCCGAGGGCCGAAACCGGAAGGCGGUGCUGUGCCAGCGUUGCGGCUCCCGGGUGCUGCAGCCAGGAACCGCUCUCUUCUCCCGCCGACAGCUCUUCCUACCCUCCAUGAGAAAGAAGCCGGCGCUGGCGGACGGCAGCAGCCCCGAGGGCGACCUCCUACAGGAGCACUGGCUGGUCGAGGACAUGUUCAUCUUUGAGAACGUGGGCUUCACCAAGGACGUGGGCAACAUCAAGUUUCUGGUCUGCGCAGACUGUGAAAUUGGACCAAUUGGCUGGCACUGCCUAGAUGACAAGAACAGCUUCUAUGUGGCCUUGGAACGGGUUUCCCAUGAGUGAUGGCGGGGCGGGGCCUCAGCCCCACCCCGGCUAUAAAAGCUGCUCCCCACAAGAACUGGCGGUUGACCCGUGCGUCGUCUGCCGCCUUCUGGGUAGGGGUCCCCGCUUCCCCAGGCCUCAGGUGCAUGCCUCCUGCUUCCUGUCCCCUCCCCCGCCCGUCCUGACGCUGUCCCGCCCCCUGCUUUCUCCUCGGCUCUGCUUUACCCUGGGCUGCCUGCUUGCUGUCGAAGAGCAGCCUUCAACCCACGCGACAAAAGGUGCUCAGGGGCCGGUGGUCUGAGCUCCACCUUUCUCUGCUCAUUCAGGAAGCCCCGCCCACACGGGCCCCAGAGUGACUUUGUCGGAUGCCUGACUGUGUCGCUAGGGCAGCUCUCUAGGGCAUUCACAGACUUGUGCAUUGAAGCCUCUGACAGGCAGACAUGGCUGCUUCCCUUCAGCUCUUGGGCUUCUCAGCCUGGCAGGCACCCUCAGGAGAGCUCGGCCCUGCAGUUGGCUCAGUGUCUGGGCGUGGGGUUGGGGGUGGGGUGGAGGACUUGAAAGGAGCAGGCCUGUGCCAACGCCGUGGGCUGUGUCAUCCGCAGAGGCGCCGCCCUUGUGCGCUCCUCAUUUACUGAGCCCACGGGGCACCAUACUCAGACUUUGAGGGCCGCUGACUGCCGGCCCAGGAUCCACGCUCGCCGUCAGCCUGCCCCUGCUGGCGCAGCCAUGGGGCUCCUCCCUUCACCCCGGAGCUGCCUCCGCUCCCCACGGGAGGCAGAGCCUGGGCAGGGGGCAGCCAGCCCGCUCCCCUGGAGCCGGAGUGAGCUGAGAUGCCCGUUCCAGCAGCUGCAGGGAGCGGCCCCUCGGGGCACAGAACCAAGCAGCAAAACCCAGUCGGUGCUUCCUGUGCCCCCGCCUCACAAGCCGAGCGUUUCUUAACUGUAGGCUUUAGCUUUUCUUUUAUAGUCACAGGAGUGGCACCGGUUCAUUGAGGUGACAUUUAGAACCGGUGUGCAGUUUCGCCUGCAGUUCCGCCACGCCGCGGCGGCCGCGUCCUUCCCCGGGCUUUUCUCUGUGUGCGUGUACAGGAACGUGUCCAGUGUUUCUGAAAGCAGACAGGAAACCAGGCUGUAGUCUUCUGUAACUUGCCUUUAAUAGCAGAGGGCGGAACUCUCCCCAUGUCAGCAGGCAGUCGCCGUGUACCCCAGCGCUGCUGGUGUUCCUGUGAGCUCUGUCAUGUAUGUAGACAACCCGCCAGGUUGAUUUCACGUGCGGCCUUGUAGCUGGAUCUGCCCCCGCCCUGGGCUGCUCCCCGCGUGUGUGUGCGGUGGGAGGUGGAGCUGCAGGGCUCCCUGUUGGUGGCUGCGCCCUGGCUGGCACACGGUCCUCGGCGGGCCUGUGCCCACCUCCAGCAGCGUCGAUGAGCUCUCGUUUCUCUGAACCCCUUACUAACAUGGGGUAUUUAUUAUCCUUAGAAUACUUGGCCACUUUACCCAGAGGGAAGAAAUGGUAACUCAUUAUUUUAAUUUGCAUUUAUUUUCUUUCUAAUGAAGUUUUAUAUACACUUAAUCAGUUUGUAUUUCCUUUUUUGAGAAUUGCCAAACAUGUUGUCUCAGUACCCAAAAACACCGAGUGGCUCUUCUGCCACUUUGGUUGGAUUUGAGGGCAAAUAAAGGGGUUGCAGCA